CUUUCUGCAGGUUGUAGGCUAGCUUAAAUUAGUUUAGGUUGGAGAUAGAAAGUUGCUCCUUCUCCUUUAAAGCGAGCAGGAGGUAGGAAUCUGCUGCCGCAUUCGUCUUCCUCCGUGAGGAGAGGGAAGAACAGGCCUCAGCCUCACUCAUCAGUCUACCCUAUAGGACUUCCAUAUAGCGAGUUCCUGAUAGAUCGGCGAGCACAGAAUUCUUCGCAGGAACUUGCAGGAAAUAUUUCUGAAGGCUAGCUCGAGAGUGUCGCGUCAGAUGGAAGCGGCAGAUGAGGAGCGGCCACUGCUGAACCAUCGCCGCCUGCCUCCACAGCCACAGGACGAAUGUUCAAGAUACACGAGUGAUGGCACAGUUGAUAUCUACAGACAGCCUGCUCUCAAGCGAAGCACCGGCAACUGGAGAGCAUGCGUCUUCAUCCUUGGUGCCGAGUUCAGCGAAUGCUUGUGCUUCUUCGCCGUCUCCAAGAACCUGGUCACCUACCUCACGACGGUGCUCCACGAGAGCAACGUCGACGCCGCGAGGAAUGUAUCCACCUGGGUCGGCACCUGCUUCAUCACGCCGGUCCUCGGAGCCUUCCUGGCCGACUCUUUUUGGGGGCGAUACUCGACAAUUGCAAUCUUCCUCUCUGUCUACAUCUUUGGGAUGCUCAUCAUGACAUCAUCAACGGCGCUUCCGUGGCUCCUGCCUCGUUCUUCCGACGAGAGCAGCGGUGUCCAUCGCGCCGCCGUCUACCUGGGGCUCUACCUUGUCGCCCUCGGCACCGGCGGCAUCAAGCCCUGCGCCACGGCCUUGGGCGCCGACCAAUUCGACGUUGCCGUCCCGGCGGAGCGGGUGGCCAAGGGUUCCUUCUUCAACUGGUACUACUUCUCGAUCAACAUUGGCUCGCUUCUGUCGGCGACGUUGCUCGUCUGGGUGCAGGACAACAUCGGGUGGACCGUCGGGCUCGCGAUCCCCACAGUGCUCAUCGGGUUCGGCCUCGCCGUAUUCGUUGCCGGCGGGAAGAUAUACAGGUACAAGCCACUGGGAGUGGGAGGUAGCCCGCUGACGAGGGUCUCCCAGGUGGUUGUCGCAGCCGCAAGGAAUCGCCGUCUCGAGCUGCCCGAUGAUAUCUCGGCCCUGCACGAACAUGGCGGGGCUGAGCAUACCAGUCAAUUCAGGUUCUUCGACAAGGCUGCGAUCGUGAUGCCGUCGCCGGAGAAGAAGGGCCCGUGGCGGCUCUGCACGGUGUCGCAGGUGGAGGAGCUGAAGAUGCUGUUGCGGAUGUCCCCCGUCUGGGCGUCGACGUUGGUCUUCUUCGCGGUCACCGCGCAAAUGUCGUCGACGAUGAUCGAGCUGGGCAUGGCAAUGGACAACCGCGUCGGCACCUUUGUCGUGCCGCCGGCGUCGCUCUCCACCUUUGACAUCGUCAGCGUCCUCGUCUGGGUUCCCAUCUACGACGCCGUGCUGGUGCCGCUCGCGCGGCGCGUCACCGGUCAGGACGGGGGCUUCACGCAGCUGCAGCGCAUAGGCGUCGGCCUUGCUCUGUCCGCGGCCGCCAUGGCGUACGCCGCGUCGGUCGAAACUAGACGGCUGUCGGCGACCUCGAUGAGCAUCAUGUGGCUAGCGCCGUGCUACUUCGUGCUGGGCGCGGCCGAGGUGUUCACCAGCAUCGGCAUGCUCGAGUUCUUCUACGACCAGCCCCCGGAGUCCAUGAAGAGCCUGGGUGUGGCACUCGCGCAGCUCGCCGUUGCUGGCGGGAACUACCUCAACUCCGCCCUGCUCGGCGCCGUUGUGUCGGCCACGGGGUGGAUCCCGGACAACCUCGACGAAGGCCAUCUGAACUACUUCUUCUGGUUCAUGGCGGCUCUGAGCGUGCUCAACCUGCUGCAGUUCGUCUACUGCUCGUCCAGAUACAAAAGAUAAUGAUCGAUAUUUUCGUAACUAUAGAUGUAUAGUUUGUACGCAAAUGGUGAGGAAAAGAAGCUUUAUAGCGACAAAAAAAAAGUAAAUUGCCUUGUAAAAUCCA